AUGACUACUAUCCGUACAAUUUUGGCCAUUGCCACUUCAAAAGGGUGGCCACUUCACCAGAUGGAUGUAAAGAAUGCAUUUUUGCAUGGUGAUCUAAAAGAAGAAAUAUUUAUGUCUCCUCCACCCUGCAUGUUUUCUUCUCCUUCUACAGAUAUUACUAUGAGUAUGGGUUCUGAUUCUCAAUUUAUUGAGAAGCUUCAACAACAGCUUAAAUCUUCAUUUCAUAUGAAAGAUUUUGAAUCUCUCCAGUACUUUCUUGGCCUUAAAAUCCAACAUUGUCCAACAGGCACAAUACUACAUCAACAUAAGUAUACACAAGAGUUGCUCACAUUAGUCGGUCUUCAAGACAGUAAUUCGGUUCUUACACCUAUGGAGGUGAAUUUGAAACUUCGUCAAGAGGGAGGUGAUCUCUUAUCUGAUCCUUCGUUAUAUCGCCAGUUGGUGGGCAGUUUAAAUUAUUUGACCAUUACCAGGCCUGAUAUUUCCUUCGCUGUCCAACAAGUCAGUCAAUUUAUGCAAGCCCCAUGUCAGGCCCAUUUGGCUGCUGUACGUCGUCUUCUUCGAUAUCUCAAAGGUACCUCUGGUCGUGGUUUGUUCUUUCCAUCUAGUACCUCAUUGCAAUUGGUGGGAUUUAGUGAUGCAGAUUGGGCUAGCUGUGUUGAUACUCGUCUUUCUAUCCCCGGUUGGUGUAUGUUUCUUGGUGGUGCACUUAUCUCUUGGAAAAGUAAGAAGCAAGCUCGUGUUUCAAAAUCUUCCAUUGAGUCUGAAUAUCGAGCCAUGUCAGCUGCUUGUUCUGAAAUGAUUUGGCUUUGGGUUGGUCGUCAUGAGAUUUCUCUUCCUCACAUUUCCACUGAGAACCAACCAGCAGAUGUCUUUACUAAGGCCUUAUCUCGUCAUCGCCAUCAGCUUAUGAUUGACAAAUUGAUGCUGCUUGAUCGCCCAACAUCAAUUUGA